AUGCCACCACCAGUCUCUUCGUACCGCAGCCGCAACAGCAAGCGUCAGACGAAGCUAGGAUUCUCUUCGCUGCCUUCGUCGUCACCAAGAAAGAAGGAGUACUCCGACGCCGUGCAAGAUCGAUUGGCUAGAGUCACAUACAUGGGCAGCCCCCGCAAGAGCUCGCGCGUAGCGUCACGACAUGACAAUGGUAUCCUCACUCCUGAACCUUCAUCGCAACCUGAACCCAAACCCGCUGUUGAGUCUGCUACAGGCAGUGAGGAGGAUGAGCUGAUUACGCCAGCUGCGAAGAAGAGAAAGACUAGCGGAGGAGUAACAAGUCUGUCUACACCACUGCGCCGCUCCGCACGAUUUGAGCAUUCUUCGCCCACUCCUGCCGCCACUUCCGACGGAGACUCUCCAGUCGUUGUCUCAGAACGCCAAGUCGAGUCUGAUCUAGGUGGUGCUGAGUCGACAGAUGAUGAUGCUGAGAUUUUGGCCUCCGCUCCCACCAAACGUCGUCGUCCAGCUCCCACUCCCAAAGCGUCUUAUCGGGAAGCUACACAGCAGGAAGACAACUGGCUCGUUGACGACGACGAGGAAGUCGAGUAUGUCUCGUCUGACUCAGAGCCUGUUCAGCGACGCAGGAGGCCCAGUCACCAGAGAAGGCGUCAGGAGCAAGACGAGCUUGAAGCUGACUUGGAAGACCUACAAGACUCGAAUACCGAAGCAUCAGCAAAGAAAACGAAGCGGACCAGAGGCGGUCCAGUCACAACGCAGAAGGAUGCAGAUCGGGAACACUUGGACUUGCUGCGGCGCAGGCGAGCAGGAGAGAAGAUACUGCGCAUUCACGACUUUGACGAAGAAGAGGACGAUGACCAAUCCACUGAUGGUGUUGACAUCAGUCUGAUCGGCCGACCUUCACAACGCCAGCAUGAGGGUGACUACGUACACUCAUCCAGCGAAAGCGAGCAAGAGCUUGAGCAACCAACAGAGGAAGGCGCUGAAGACGACUGGAUUGAGGAAGACGAGGAGACUACCCAUCACUCCCGCCGUCCAGCAUCAGGGAUUCCCCUCCAGUUCACAAAUUUUGCCACACAAAAGCCCAAGGAGCUAUUUUUUCAUGUCGUAGAGUGGUUGGUAAAGAACAAGAUUGCCCCAGCAUUUCCUCGCGACGAUGAAGUCUACCAGAUCGCUAUGAGAAAAGUGGACGAUGAGGCCAAGGCACAGGCUGGCAGUCGUCUCAUCUCAUCAGCAUGGAACGCGGAGUUCAAGUACACCAUUCUUGCACGUCCAGACAUCGCAAUCGGCGAAUCUGGCAUCGACUGGGAUGCGACUUGCGAUGCUUGUAACAGAACCAACCAUCCAGCGAGAUAUGAUUUCGUUCUGUCUGGACAGCCGUACUACAGCAACACGCUGGAACCGGUCGACCACGAUGAAGACGAUGAAGACUCGAGUGGCUUAAAUGUCGAUGAGCAGGGCCGAAUGCUGGCGCCAGUAGACAAGCACUUCUAUCUCGGAAGUCACUGCGCCGCGAACGCUCAAAUGGGCCAUCUGUUGACGCACUGGAAGUAUCGUCUGAACGAGACAGUGCUCGAGUACCUGAACGAGCAGGGCGUCACUUCGGACGAACAGAUCGUGGCUCGUGAGAAGAAGAGCAAGAAGGCCAGAGAGAAAGAAGCCGAGGUAUCGUCGACACAAUGGACGUCACGGGCAAGAUUGCAGAGCUGUGGGCAGGACAUCGCCGAAAUUUGGCAGAUUCAAGGCUUGGCAUGGUCGACUACGAUGUUGGUAAGGGUGCUCGCAGCAAAGGCAGAGUUGGAAAGGUACGCACAGAGAUUGAUGGCAUGA